AACCCCGAAUCCCCACCUUUUGGUACCAUUGUCCCGCCCCUCUUGCUAUUAAAGGCCAUCUCCCAACCAGACAGAGCUAGUACUAGCACUGCGCCGCAGCAAUGGUGGCGUCCUCUGCCGCAUAAAUCCCACCACUCGCGGUUCUUGGCGUGUUCCUGGGCUCUCUCCUCGCGCGGGCGCGGCGCGGCCGUGGAUAUGGCGGGGGAGCGGGAGCAGGAGGAGGACGCCUACGAGUACGAGUUCGACCUCGAGAACCCCUUCACCAGCCCCGCCGACGAGCCGAUCGCCAGCCUCCUCGACGCCGGGGGCCACCAUUCUCCCUCCGUCACCACCGCGGCCUCCGCCGCUCGCCGCGACGCCGCCGGCUUCAUCGCCAAGGUACGGGUGCGGUUCGGCGGCGAGCUCGCCGUGCACCCGCGCGUCGCCUACCUCGCGCUCAACUACGUGGAUCGCUUCCUCUCCAAGCGCCAAUUGCCCUUCGAGCAGCAGACCUGGGCGCCAAGGCUGCUCGCCAUUAGCUGCCUCUCCCUCUCCGCCAAGAUGCAGCGCGUCGCCGCCUUCUCCAUCGCCGAUAUCCAGAGGGACGAGGAGUUCAUGUUCGACGCGGCGACCAUCCGACGCAUGGAGCGCGUGGUGCUGGGCGCCCUGGAGUGGCGCGCGCGCUCCGUCACGCCGCUCGCCUUCCUCGGCUUCUUCCUCACCGCGUGCUACCCGCCGCCGCGGCACCCGCCACAGGUCGCCGCCGUCAAGGCGCGCGCCGUCGACCUCCUCCUCCGCGCCCAGCCCGAGGUGAAGAUGGCGGAGUUCUCGCCCUCCGUGGCGGCCGCCGCGGCGCUGCUCACCGCCACAGGAGAGGUCGCCGCCGCGAACCUCCCCGCGUUCCAAGCCGGCGUCGCCGCCUGCCCCUUUGUAAAUAGCGAGGAGCUGCGGGAGUGCGGUGAGGUGAUGGCGGCGGCGUGUGGUGUCGGGCCGGGCUGGGCUGCGGCGAGCGGCGACACGCCGGUGACGGUGCUCGGGUACCACCGCAGCGCCAGCUCCGCCUCCGAGAGCAACUGGACCGUCGGAUCGGCGGCCAACGGCGGCGGCGACGCGAAGAAGCGCUGCAUGGGCCCACCGUCCCAGUGGGGGUAGGCGGCCGCAGGGGAGACCGAGUCAACCGGCUUGCCACGGCUGGCUGGAAGAGAUGGAAAUUACACUGGCCCUGCUCCUUUUUCAUUUUUUUGGCUUUCUUUUUUAAUUCUUUUUUUCUACUUUAAUAGUCUCGAGGUAAAGUAGGGGUGGAUAGAAUUGGUGGUGGGUGGUGGUGGCUGUCAUUUAGUCGCUUUUUAACUGUCUUUUUUGAGGGCCUAGUUAUGGUAAUUUUUGCGGCAUGACUCUAGUAGGUGGAUGAACAUAUUUUGGAUGAGACGGGAGAGAAUGAUGUGAAAUUGCGAAAAAUAAAAACCAAAAAGCAUAU